CCGGCCGGCGCAGGGGGCACACCGCGCACGGCACACCGCGAGUGAACCCACCUUGUGCGAACAGUGGCGAGGGAGAUAGCUGUGCGUUUCGAUCUACGAUUCUUGGACGAGUUGGAAACUGGUGCAGGUGCAUGUGUAGCGUAGCGCACAGCCGCCAUGGCGCCUAACGUGACCAGCACGACGACCAUGUUCCUGGCGGAGGCCGCGGUGUGCCCGACGGCCGCCCUCAAGCAGCGCCACUUGCCCAGCAUGUCGAGCAUGGCGGCGCCGCGGCCGUCCAUGGCACCCGUCAGCCAGACCGUCGGCCAGACCGUCGGCCAGAUCGUCGCGCAGCCCGCCACGGCGCCCAUGUCGCCCACCGCCACGGCGCCCAUGUCGCCCACCGCCACGGCCACGCCCACCGCCAUGCUGCUGCGCGACAGGGCCAAGCCCGACCCGUACGCCUGGAAGAUCGUCUGGAGGAACGUGCUCGCCUUCGUGUACCUGCACUACGCCGCCGUCCGCGGCGUGUACCUCAUCCUCACCGGCCAGCUGCACUUCUACACCUACUUGUGGACCGUGCUCCUCAUCGGCCUGAGUGCCGAGGGCAUCACCGCCGGCGCACACCGCCUCUGGGCGCACCGCGCCUACAAGGCCAAGUGGCAGCUCCGGACGCUGCUCAUGCUGUGCCAGACCCUCGCCUUCCAGAAUCACAUUUACGAGUGGGUGCGCGACCACCGCGUGCACCACAAGUUCACGGACACGGACGCGGACCCGCACAACGCGAGCCGCGGCUUCUUCUUCUCGCACAUGGGGUGGCUCAUGGUGCGCAAGCACCCCGACGUGCGCACCAAGGGCGCCGGCGUGGACCUCAGCGACCUGGAGCGCGACCCCAUCGUCAUGUUCCAGAAGAAGUUUUACCUGGUGCUGAUGCCCCUGAUCGCCUUCGUGAUGCCCGCCAUGGUGCCCGCCAAGCUGUGGGGCGAGAGCGGCUGGACGGCGUGGUACGCGUGCUCCAUGGCGCGCUACACCCUGGCCCUGCACGGCACCUGGCUCGUCAACUCCGCGGCGCACAUCUGGGGCAUGCGGCCCGUCGACAAGUCCAUCUCCCCCACCGAGAACGUGUUCGUGGCGCACGUCGCCUUCGGCGAGGGCUGGCACAACUACCACCACGUCUUCCCCUGGGACUACAAGGCGGCCGAGCUGGGCAACUACAAGGGCAACUUCACCACGGCCUUCAUCGACUUCUUCGCGCGCCUCGGCUGGGCGUACGACCUCAAGACCGUGUCCAAGGAGAUGGUGGAGAAGCGCGUGCGCAGGACGGGCGACGGCUCGCACCCGUACGCCCAGCAGGCGCACCGCGACGACGGCCACCAUCACCACCACCACCACCACGACCACGGCGAGGAGGUGUGGGGCUGGGGCGACCGGGACAUGUCGCAGGACGACAUCCUCAGCGCCACCAUCAUCAACAAGGCGGAUUAGACCGGCGUCGGCCGCGUAGUCUGUAGUGUACCCGCCGCGUUAGACUCGACGGGGUAGCUCGACGGGGUGGUCGGGUAGAGGCCGCCCCUCUCCGUCCAAGCUGGAGGUGAUGACCGGCAAAAUGUUUCCUCCAUCCUCCCUAGCUCACUGGCCCGGCCGGGCCUCGCCGCACCCCUACGCCCUCCGACGGACCCAAAGUCCUUACUCAGGUUUUCGUGGAUAUUAAACCGGAUGUAUUUAUUUGUGGACCCUUGGGCUUACUAGGUGCCGCCGGACGCGGGAAUCCCUCGACGUUCCAAACCGGUGGGAGCCCGUCAGAGUUUGACGUCGCCGGUUUGAAUUGGAUAGGCUACGGAAAGCGAGGGGAUCUUAAAUUUGCCGGUUCGUACAAAAUGAUCUUAGCACGACAGUUAUUAAGUCGUUUACAAGUUCCUUUCUCAUUUUUGUCUGUUUCUGAUUGGCAUCGGAUGCAGACGCUUGUUUUUUUUUAUAAGCUCGAGAUCACUCAUUCGAGGGAGUAAGCGACGUAGCGUUUACGUGAAAUGACGAUAAGUGUUAGAAUGAGCCUAUUAUUUAUUUUAUUUUAUGUGAUUUAGCGUAAAUGGAAGGUGGGAGGCUCAGAGAGGCAGCCCGUAAUCAAAAUGAUAUUUAUAUGAAGAACUUUCAUUCCAACUCUGCAAGUUGUGAUUGUGUUCCGUGCGGUGAAUCGUCAAGUUGAGCUCGCCUGAAAUGUUUGUUGGUUGUUUAGUAAAGAUUCCAAAGCGUUUUUAUUGUC